CAAUGCCGCCGGGAAGGGGGGGAAGGGGGCGUGCCGCGGCCGUUGGUUCGUCCCGUCUCUAUUAGGGAUGGGGCGGAGGAAGCCGUUUAUUGCCCGUCAUGCCGCGCGCGCUGUGCCAUAUGAAACACUGAACAAACGGUUUCGAGCUGCACAGAAAAACAUUGACCGAGAGACCAGCCACGUUACAAUGGUGGUGGCAGAGCUGGAGAAGACGCUGAGCAGUUGUCCUGCUGUGGAUUCAGUCGUUAGUCUCCUGGAUGGAGUAGUUGAAAAACUCAGUGUUCUGAAACGAAAGGCAGUUGAAUCAAUCCAGGCUGAAGAUGAAAGUGCAAAACUCUGCAAACGUAGGAUUGAGCAUCUGAAGGAACACAGUAGUGACCAACCAGCUGCUGCAAACAUGUGGAAGAAGAAACGUAUGGAUCGUAUGAUGGUGGAACAUCUUCUACGCUGUGGCUACUACAAUACGGCUGUAAAAUUAGCAAGACAAAGUGGUAUUGAGGACUUGGUAAAUAUUGAGAUGUUUUUGACUGCUAAAGAAGUGGAAGAGUCAUUGGAAAGACAAGAGACGAUGACUUGCUUGGCUUGGUGUCAUGAUAACAAAUCCAGGCUUAGAAAAAUGAAGAGCUGUCUGGAGUUCAGCCUAAGGAUUCAGGAGUUCAUUGAACUCAUUCGACAGAACAAGAGACUGGAUGCUGUGAGACAUGCAAGAAAGCAUUUCAGUCAGGCUGAGGGAAGCCAGCUGGAUGAGGUUCGACAAGUGAUGGGAAUGUUGGCCUUUCCUUCAGACACUCAUAUCUCCCCCUAUAAGGAUCUCUUGGACCCCGCUCGAUGGAGAAUGCUGAUCCAACAGUUUAGAUAUGAUAACUACAGACUACAUCAGCUGGGAAACAAUUCUGUUUUUACUAUAACACUCCAGGCAGGCCUUUCAGCUAUAAAAACACCACAGUGUUAUAAAGAGGAUGGGAGCUCAAAAAACCCAGACUGCCCUGUGUGUAGCAAAUCCCUGAACAAGCUGGCUCAGCCCCUGCCUAUGGCACAUUGUGCCAACUCCCGACUAGUCUGCAAGAUUUCGGGGGAUGUAAUGAACGAAAAUAAUCCUCCUAUGAUGUUACCAAAUGGAUAUGUCUAUGGAUACAAUUCUCUGCUUUCUAUUCGUCAAGACGACAAAGUAAUUUGCCCAAGAACCAAAGAAGUCUUCAACUUCUCACAAGCUGAGAAAGUCUACAUCAUGUAGGUCCAUACAACUCCUGAUGAAGUGCCGCUGGAAUUUUGACACAGUGUAUAUUGGCAUACCCUGUACAGGGGGGGGCCUUAAUGUGUGGCAAAGAAGCAAAACCUGCCACCUUGGGGAUCAGACCUGUCGGUGGCAUUCUUGUUUCUUGCGACCAAAGAUCAAUAAGCAACAAUAAACACUCUUUAAAAACAAAACAGGAAAAAAAAAGAGAGGAAUUGUGACUUAAGUUUGUACUUGAAUAAAAAGGAAAAUGAAUUUUGAUUGUUAAGGUUUUGUAACAAGGUCAAAAAUUGGACUCUUCUCGAAAGUAUUUUCAUCUUCUUUAAAGGAUAAAUUUCUUUAAAGAUGGACAUUUGCACUGGGGGAAAAGUUACAACAGAGUGAAAAUUAAAUCCAUUGUUCUUCCCUCUUUUUCACAAUUGUCCAAGACCCUUUUGUUAGCAAAGAUUUCAGUACUACCAAUAUGUUCUCCUUGAAGCUCCUCUUUGCCUUCUUUAUGAUCCUCUCGUGAAGUUCUCCUGAACAUGAAUUCUAUAACUUAUUUCUGUGGGAAGAUGCUGAUGUCUUUGAUGCAAGAGUGGCUUCCCUGGAGGAUCAGCUUUGAAGGAGUACAAAGGCUUUUUCCAAACCCAAAUCUUUUAAGGAGGUUGCAUAAGUAUCAAGAGGAACUGAGAACAUUUCAGGCAAAAUCCAAUGCUUGUUUAAAUGUUCUUUUUCCAGUCUACCAUAGUGUUAAAGUCCUUCUAAAGUUAUUAGUUAUGUGCAUAGGGUUCAAUAUGAAAUCAUUAGUGCUACUGCCUUAUUUCUUGCUUUGAGAAUGUACUCACAUGAAAAUGAGCUGGUAUUCUUAAGUGUUGGGCAAAGUUUCUGAAGAUGCCUUGCAGGAUGAUUACAUAAUUUUAGGGUCUAAAUAGUCUUCAUUACUGAAACUAAUAGUUCAAUUUUAACAACUACAGAACACAUCCUUAUGACUUUUCAAACAGAAUUAAACCAUUGUAGUUUAAACAGAACCAUAUUGUAGAGGUUUGUAUUUAGCGCUUAUUUUUGCAUGUUGAUGUUGAUUAGCUAAUAAAAGAUUGUAAAUGUACAACAUGUUAAUAAAAAUUGUUUUCCAUUUCUUGAUUAUAUAAA